CAUCCAACUUGGAUAUUUGACUUCGUCACGACGUUCGCCAUGCCCAAAUCAUUCGACUAUGUCAUUGAACAUAUGGAAGAGGAUGAUGAGCAGACAAAAGCUCUUCCUCGAUGGGUGGAGCUGGAGUACGCCCAUAUGUUGACCUUGAUUGGACCAUCUUCCCGGCUUCGAUUCACAUCUCUUUCUGCCUCUUCCAUCCCAGCACUCAGGUCAUCCCUUGCGCAUCACCCGGAAUCAGGUAAAGCUCACGCUCACACCGAACCGAUCAUGUCGUUGGUCGAUACUUCAUCUUCCGCUUCCGCUUCCGCCUCCGCCCCGGCCUCGUCGACGGACAAGAUAGCUUUCUCUCGCGUAUGCUUGCUUGAUCCAAGAGCUACCAAGGUGCUGGCACCGGAGGACGCAGAGAUAUUCGAUUGUUUCCUGUACGGAGGGAUUUUGGGGGAUGAUCCGCCUAGAGAUAGGACGGCGGAAUUGAGGAAAUUGGGCUUCGAAGGGAGACACUUGGGACCCAAGCAGAUGACGACGGACACCGCUGUGGGUGUGACAAAGAAGGUCGUGGAGGAUGGAAUCGAGCUAGACGAAAUCCCGUAUAUCGAUUUCCCCACAAUUUCAUUCAACAAGAAAGAAUCCAUCGAAAUGCCAUUCCGCUAUGUCUCAGAUGAUAAGGGCGAGCCCAUCUUGCCGCCGGGAAUGAAGGAACACCUCAAAGCAGAUCUCGAUAGGACUAUCGAUGAGUUUUAGA